UGUCAAAUUGUAAAGAACUGUCAAAAUAAACCGACGUGAUAAGUUUGGUUAUGUUUUAAAUCAUUAUUUUUAAGUUAUAAUUUAAUAAGUUCGUAUUUUAAGUUAUCUACUUAAUAGAUAUGGCGAAAUUUAAACUAAAAAAACCGUCGAAGAGGCAACCAGCACGUUUGAGGUAUAAAAUAGAGAAGAAAGUACGAGAUCACAAUAGGAAACUAAAAAAAGAAGCAAAAAAGAACCCGAAGUCUAAAAAAAACAAGCCUAUUCAAAUACCAAAUGAAUGUCCUUUCAAAGAGGAUAUUUUAAAAGAAGUUGAAGCUGUUAAGAAGCACAAAGAAGAAGAGAGACAGAAAAGGAAGGAAUUGGCUAAGUUAGAAAAACAAAAGAAGAUGGAAGAAAAGAAAAAGAAUCCUGUUGCUAUGAAUACUUUGGUAGCUAAUGCACAGGCAAGAGGGAAAGUUCAUGAUGCAUUCAAAGGUGAUGCAAAUGAUGGUGUUGAAUUUGGCAAAGACAGACAGCAGGAGAACUCGUUAAAGACUUACUAUAGAGAGUUUAAGAAGGUUAUUUCCGAAGCUGAAGUAAUUUUGGAAGUUGUUGAUGCCAGAGAUCCAUUAGGUACCAGAUGUGUACAAGUAGAAGAAGCUGUCCGUGAGUCAGGCAAACGCCUAGUGUUAGUAAUGAACAAGUCAGAUUUAGUCCCCCGUGGUAACCUUACUGCCUGGCUCAAGUACUUGAGGAGAUUUGCUCCAGCUGUACCAUUCAAAGCAUCCACACAGGAUCAGCAACAUAACUUAGGUAGAAGGAAAAUGAAACAUAUUGUUAAAGAAAAAGAAAUGAAAGGUUCAGCAUGUGUUGGUGCAGAACUCCUAAUGAGUCUUUUAGGCAACUACUGUCGUAACAAAGGUAUCAAGACGUCAAUAACAGUCGGUGUGGUCGGACUUCCUAAUGUUGGCAAGAGCUCCAUUAUCAACAGCUUGAAUAGAUCCAAAGCUUGUAAUGUUGGCAGCACUCCGGGUGUAACUAAGCAAAUGCAAACAGUACAGUUAGACUCGAAGAUAAAGAUUUUAGACAGUCCUGGAAUAGUGUUCCAUACAGGGUCGGAUAAUGAUGCGUCCGUAGCACUAAAGAAUGCCAUCCGAGUGGGCAGCCUGAAGGACCCUGUGACACCCGCAAAUGCCAUAUUACUGAGAGCUCACAAACAAACGCUUAUUGAUUUGUAUUGUGUACCACCGUUUAAUACUCCACAGGAGUUCUUUGCGAGUUUAGCUUCUCGAAUGGGGCGGUACAAGAAGGGCGGGGUGCCUGACCAAGAGGCGGCAGCCAGGAUAUUGCUCAAUGACUGGAAUACUGGAAAGGUGCGUUAUUUCACGGAGCCACCGGAAGAGGAAACUAAUAUUCAUGUUGAUGCUAAAAUUGUAUCGACUAUAGACAAGGAGUUUGAUAUAAAUUCGUUCGAGGCGAUGGAAACUGAGGCUAUAGACGCUCUACAGGACGCCAAAGAUGUUGAAGCCAUUAAGAUUACAAGUACAGGACCUGUCAAAGCGGCGUUAGAAAACGAAAUGCAAGUCGACGAAGACGAGUCCGCGUUAUUACCUAAAAAAGUAACAAUCCGAUCGAAAUUAGAAAAAUCAGGUAAGAAUAAGGGCAAAGAAAAAAAGAACCCAGAAAUGCAAAUAGAGGGCAACACUAAACAAAAUAAAUUAAGAAAGAUGCAGUUCAAAAAAGAUAAAAAGAAGCAAAAGAAAGUUGAAAAACAGGCAGUGAAUUUAGCAAAUGUAUUAGAAAAUGUUACACUCACUACUUAUAAGAAAACUGAUGAUUACGAUUUUAAAGAAGACUUUUCUUUGUAGUGUUGAAUAAACUUAUGUUUAUAUAA